AUGGCUAGUGUUGCUCAGGAAGUUGCCGGCGGCUACGAAGACGCGCGAUGGAAAUAUCUCGACCAAAUCCGCCGUAACGCAGGACCUUAUACCGAUCCCGAUGCUACUGCGCCGGAGUUUCUGGCGCAGUUUGAAACGUUCAAAGUUCUAUCGCUGGCUCAUCUUGCUCUAGAUACCAUCGAUAUUUCCAACCUCAACCGCCAGUUCUUGUUCCGAAAAGAUGAUGUUGGCAAAUACAAAGCAGAGGUUGCCGCUGCUUUCGUCCAAAAGAGAGUCAAGGGCGUCUCCAUCACAGCCCACAACAACCGUAUCCAGGACUUCGACGAGGAGUUUUACAAGCAGUUCCAGCUUGUAAUCUGCGGCCUAGACAGCAUCGAGGCCCGCCGUUGGAUCAACGCCAUGCUUGUUUCUAUUGCCGAAGACGCUGAAGACCCCGAUGCGAUAAAGCCCCUCAUUGAUGGUGGCACUGAAGGCUUCAAGGGACAGGCGCGAGUCAUCCUCCCAUCCAUGACAUCCUGUAUUGAGUGCCAGCUGGAUAUGCACGCCCCGCGCGCCGCUGUUCCUCUGUGCACUAUUGCCUCUAUCCCACGACAACCCGAGCACUGCAUUGAAUGGGCCCACGUUAUUGCUUGGGAGCAAGAGAAGCCAUUCCCGAAGCUUGACAAGGACGACCCAGAGCACGUAACCUGGCUGUUCCAAAAAGCACUUACUCGUGCGGAAGAGUUUGGCAUCCCUGGUGUCACCUAUUCGUUAACGCAAGGAACCAUCAAGAACAUCAUUCCGGCGAUUGCAUCCACCAAUGCUAUCAUCGCCGCUGCAUGCUGUAACGAAGCUUUUAAAAUCGCGACAACCUCCGCCCCUUGUCUUGGAUUCGACACAAACUAUAUGAUGUACUCUGGCAAUGAUAGCAUCUAUACAUACACCUUCAAGCAUGAGAAGAAAGACGACUGCCCUGUCUGUGGACGCCAGGCUCGCCCUCUUGAAGUCAACCCCAACUCCUCACUGCAGGAGUUGAUCGAUUCAUUCGCGAUUCGCCCCGAGGCGCAAUUAAAGAAGCCAUCGAUCCGUGCUGAAGGAAAGACUCUAUACAUGCAAUUUCCUCCAGGCUUGGAGGAGCAGACACGCCCGAACCUGAGUAAGUCCCUCACAGAGCUUGGACUCGAAGAUGGACAGCAGGUUGUUGUCACUGAUCCAGCGUUUCCCCUUGAAUUCAACUUUUACUUCAAGUUUAAGACAAGUUCUUGA